GAGGUCAUCGACUUGGUGAACAACGACGGCGGCGCGGUCGACACAGAUGGCAAGAUGGAGGCGCAGGCCAUUCUCGGCUAUCGACAGGGUCACGUUCCGCCCGCUUGCACUGUGCAGCUCUCGCCGAUGGCACAUCUCUUCUUCGCCAUGCUCACGGACAUCAGCGCGCACAUGGCCACGAAGACUUCAGUGCAUUCGUUUCAGAAGACAGACGUCCAGGCCGUCCUCCUUAUCGCGAGGCCGGGUGACAUCGACACCCGCGUGAGCGCGCCCGGGAUUGACCCCUGCGUCGUCGGUGUGGGUUCCGUGGGUUACCAGAAGCUGGAUGAGCAGGUCCACCAGCUGGCGAAACAGGUCACCUCGCUCCAAAGGCCCGCAGAGCGCUGGACCUUUUUAAAACAGUGCGGGAUCUCGCGGAUCGGCCCGCGCACGAAGACCAUCGCCCCGCUGCGCGCCAAGAUGUGCGCCGCCACCGAGGGCCUUACCGAGCAGAUUAUACUCGGGUGCCUCUGGCAGUUGGUCUGCUCUCGCACGAAGUCUGCUGGCACCAUGGGCUCGAAGUUCACGGCAUGUUCGGCGGGCCCCGAGGGCUUGCUCCUCCUAUCCUUGGAUGAACAUGCGGAGGUGCUCGUGACCCAGGUAGAUAGCUUCGGCGACGAGGAGCGCCUAAACAUGGACAGUGACAUACUGGGCCGCCAUGGCUUCGACCGCGCGAAG